CGCAUUUUCGCUGCGCUCGACUUUUGCGCUGGUAUGCGUGUCUGCUGUUUUCUGUUUAAUUCGCCUUUUUGCUCGGAUUCCGCAGCGAAAACGUCAAAUUUUUAGUAGCACGAAAUUCGUGGCGAGAAGAACGCUGAAAUCGAAAAAACGCGCGCCACAAAUUAAAGUUAAAAGUGGAAAACAAUAAGAGUAAAACCUUUGAAUUUGCCGCUGUCAACGCGCUGCCUGCGUCGCUGCCCCCCGCUGCGCUGACGCUGCUGCGAAUUUAGUUUCAAUCGAGAUUCACUCGCUGUGUGUUCGAGUUCUCUGCUCUUCGCUCUUCGCUUCGCCUUUGAUACCCGAGUUUGCACUAAAUAACGCAGGGAAAAAACGCUGAAUAAAACGCGAAAAACAAAAGAAAAACGAAGAGAAAGAAGCAAAAGUAAAGCACCUCGAAAACACCGCAGAAAAGGCGAAAAAAAACGACGAAACUAAGCCAAGAAGGCAAAAACGAAAUCAAACGUCACUUUAAUUUUGUUCUGUGCCCCUGUGUGUGUGUGUGUGUAUUUGUGUGCGCGCGCGCUCGUUUGUGUAUGUGUGUCAGUGCCCGUGCGUGUGUGUAUCAGUAACUGCUGCGCUGCAGUCGACAGCGCGGCGACUGCGACGCCUUUAGCGCUGCAGAAGUUUUCGACAGCAGAAAACAGAAAUAACAAAAGGAAGUGGCUGAGCAAAAGAAGGUCAACAGUUGAAAACCCAAAUCAACCCAAAAUCAAAAAUCCAAAAAACCCACCGACCGACCGACCGCCCAGCCACCCACACUUUCUUCGCUGCUCUCGGCGACCGCGACAGCGGUAGCGGCGUCGACGUCCAGCGCCUUUCGCUUCUCCCGUUCUUCGCAUCGCAUCGCCUCGCAUUUCUUCACUUCACCUCGAUUCAACAGCGCUUUUCCGCUCCGCAAUCUCAUCGAGCAUGUUGAUCAACCGCGGCUCCCUACUCGAAGGCAUGAAACAACUGAUCGGCAAGCUGAACGACCUGUGGCCCGAGCACAGUGUUGCACUGUCCAUUCCAAAGGAGGUCGAUAGGAGCAAGGAGAAGCUGGAGGGCGCCUGGGAGACGACAGGUCGCGAUGGUUCUAAAAUCACAACAGUUGUUGCAACACCCGGCCAAGGCACCGAUCGCGUACAAGAGGUCUCCUAUACAGACACAAAGGUCAUCGGCAAUGGCAGCUUCGGCGUCGUGUUCCAGGCAAAGCUCUGCGAUACCGGCGAACUGGUGGCAAUCAAAAAAGUUUUACAAGACAGACGAUUUAAGAAUCGCGAAUUGCAAAUAAUGCGCAAAUUGGAGCAUUGUAAUAUUGUGAAGCUUUUGUACUUUUUCUAUUCGAGUGGUGAAAAGCGUGAUGAAGUAUUUUUGAAUUUAGUCCUCGAAUAUAUACCAGAAACCGUAUACAAAGUGGCUCGCCAAUAUGCCAAAACCAAGCAAACGAUACCAAUCAACUUUAUUCGGCUCUACAUGUAUCAACUGUUCAGAAGUUUGGCCUACAUCCACUCGCUGGGCAUUUGCCAUCGUGAUAUCAAGCCGCAGAAUCUUCUGCUCGAUCCGGAGACGGCUGUGCUGAAGCUCUGUGACUUUGGCAGCGCCAAACAGCUGCUGCACGGCGAGCCGAAUGUAUCGUAUAUCUGCUCCCGGUAUUACCGCGCCCCCGAGCUCAUCUUUGGCGCCAUCAAUUAUACAACAAAGAUCGAUGUCUGGAGUGCCGGUUGCGUUUUGGCCGAACUGCUGCUGGGCCAGCCCAUCUUCCCUGGCGAUUCCGGUGUGGAUCAGCUCGUCGAGGUCAUCAAGGUCCUGGGCACACCGACAAGAGAACAGAUACGCGAAAUGAAUCCAAACUACACGGAAUUCAAGUUCCCUCAGAUUAAGAGUCAUCCAUGGCAGAAAGUUUUCCGUAUACGCACUCCUACAGAAGCUAUCAACUUGGUGUCCCUGCUGCUCGAGUAUACGCCCAGUGCCAGGAUCACACCGCUCAAGGCCUGCGCACAUCCGUUCUUCGAUGAGCUACGCAUGGAGGGUAAUCACACCUUGCCCAACGGUCGCGAUAUGCCGCCGCUGUUCAACUUCACAGAGCAUGAGCUCUCAAUACAGCCCAGCCUAGUGCCGCAGUUGUUGCCCAAGCAUCUGCAGAACGCAUCCGGACCUGGCGGCAAUCGACCCUCGGCCGGCGGAGCAGCCUCCAUUGCGGCCAGCGGCUCCACCAGCGUCUCGUCAACGGGCAGUGGUGCCUCGGUGGAAGGAUCCGCCCAGCCACAGUCGCAGGGUACAGCAGCAGCUGCGGGAUCCGGAUCGGGCGGAGCAACAGCAGGAACCGGCGGAGCGAGUGCCGGUGGACCCGGAUCUGGUAACAACAGUAGCAGCGGCGGAGCAUCGGGAGCGCCGUCCGCUGUGGCUGCCGGAGGAGCCAAUGCCGCCGUCGCUGGCGGUGCUGGUGGUGGUGGCGGAGCCGGUGCGGCGACCGCAGCUGCAACAGCAACUGGCGCUAUAGGCGCGACUAAUGCCGGCGGCGCCAAUGUAACAGGCUCGCAAUCGAACAGCGCCCUCAAUAGCAGCGGAAGUGGCGGAAGCGGAAACGGAGAGGCAGCCGGCUCGGGUUCCGGAUCCGGAUCGGGCUCAGGAGGCGGGAACGGCGGGGAUAACGAUGCUGGCGACAGUGGAGCAAUCGCAUCUGGAGGCGGAGCAGCAGAAACCGAGGCAGCGGCGUCGGGUUAGCGCGAGCGAGUAGCUCUUUAAAUGUAAUGUUAUUAGCAGGUUUUUCGCUCGGCCCGGGGAUUCAGUUAACCCAUGUCGGCCAAGAGCGAGAUGACAACACCACACACCACACACACACAUACACACACGCAGCUACACUCGAAAUAUGAAAGAGAUGUCGGAUGUCCCAGCAGAAGCUAUGAGUAAAUGAAAUGAGACAAAGGAAUUCACUACACAAAACGCCCAGUAUCCUUACACCCCCACACAACAAUAAACCCAUCCACACACACACACACACACUAACACAAACACACACACACACACAUGUAUGUAUGUAUAUCUAGCUAUAUGCAUUGGGCGCAAGCAAAUAUUUAGCAUAAAAUCGAAAUAAAACCAAAAAUCCACUUUAAACUAUGCAUAAAUAAUUAAAAUAAUUAUCUGUACUAUUAAAGAGAAAGAGAAAUCCCCGAAGGAAUGUUGAGAAAUAAUCGGAAAACCCCUCGCCCGCGUCCCAAACCUUCAAUAUAGUAAAUAACACUUAACAACCAGAUCGCGGAACGUAAUAUAAAUUAAGUCAAAAAAAAAAACAAAAAGCAGAAGCAACUUGAAUGAAAUACUUAGUGAAAUAAAUCAAAAUUUUUGCCCAUUUAACGUUUAUAUAUAUGCGCGGUUAUACAAAUAUAUAUAACGAUCACAGCAGUUAGCAAUCCAUAGUAAAAGUAAACAAUUAAAGGCGGCAAGUAAGAGGAACUAGCAAAAGGGCGGAUACAACAUAAACUAAACUCGCGCAAGUGCAUCUAUAUAAAUACGAUAUAGAUAUUAUAUAAACAUAGAUAUAUAUAUAUAUAUAUAUAUAUAUAUAUACAUAUAUAUAUAUAUAUACGAGAUAUUAACAAGAGUAGUAAUCUCAGUAGCAACCCCCGGAACCACUCACCCCCCUUUCCAAUCCUUGAACCGGAAACUCCCCAAAUAACGUGAAAAAAAAAAGAAAGAAAAGCAACUUUCCACGCAUAGCAACAUUUUCCGUGGCCUGUUCUUAAGUAACGUAUAGCAUGUACGAUUAUCUAAGAAAGCGAUCGUCAAAAUGCAAUAUACACUAAACACACUAUACAUAAAUACAAGAAAUAUAACAAAUUGAGCAACAAGUAAGUGAAUGUAUGAAUGAGUAAAUCGCUUUUAGCGCGCGACGCCACCCAUUAACUUAAAAAAAAACAAAAAACAAUGCAAAUAAUGAGAUAAUGAGAUGAUAGUGGAGCCACAAUCUUGAUAUAUGUAAAAGUAAUCGACAAAAGGACAUUUAGCUGCAAUUGAAAAUUUAAACUAAUUUAAUACAAAUUGAAGUAAAAUACAAUGAAACCGAUGAUGGUUUUAGUACGUAAGGCCUUAGAUCGAUCAACCGAAAACUUCUGCGCAACUAUAGUAUUGGUUCCAAUCUAUCUACUAUAUAUACCUAUGACAACCACCCCAGUUAAACUGCUUAGAUCUCGUUUUAAAAAUUUAUGUCUGCGAUUAUGUAUGUCCCAGCACUUUAACCCAUUUACAAACCACUAAGUAAGCAAAGCGAAAAUGAUAGCAAAAAGGCAAAAAGGCAAAGGGCAAAGGGCAAAAGCAAAAGCAAAACCAAGUCUAUUUGUAUGUAUUUCCAUAGAAAUCCUUAUAUAUUGUACGAGAACAUAUUUUUUUUUUUUACUAACUAAAUGAUACAUUUAUACAAUUAAUGAACGUUGAGUUUUGUGGCAUCAAAACUAAUUAAAUUUAACUAUAUACAUAUAUGUACACACACCCACACAAGAACACAUUCGAGCAUUCAGACAUACUCACACGCACAUACGUCUAUAAUUUCAAAUAAAUUAGAAAGAAAAAGAAACCGAAGAUUUCCAAACUAAGACCCAAACAUUUUAGUAAUAAUCUAAGUAAACAGCAGACAAGUUAUAUAAAUCUUUAAACACACCCACACACACACACACACCGUUUAUUUGUAUUUGAAAAUGUCAACAGAUGAAAAAUGACAGCCCAAAUCAAUAUAUAUUCAAACAUAUAUAUGCAUAGAAAAAACCAACUUAUAUAUGAUGAACAACUUCAGCGUUUCGCUUUAAUUAUGAGGCAACAACCUCAUGAGAAAUUCAAACCAAACAUUAACUUAAUUAACAAAUAAACACAAAACUAAACUAAACAAUAACAACAGGAAACCCCCAAAUUCGAAGAGGAAAUGAAAAUGAACACGAGACAAAUGCGUAAAGAAAACAUUAAUUUAAAAACAAUAAAAAUUACAAACAAAAAUAU